AUGGAAAGAACUAAAUUAAGAGAGGUAGAAAAAUAUCAUAUGCACUCUGAGGCACUUCCAACUAUAAAUAGCAAAAAUGCGCAUACGUUUUGCCAGAGCCAGGAGCAAAUCACAACAAACAGCAAAUUUCUUAAAGACACAGUGACUGCAUAUUAUUUUAAGGGAGGAUUUAUCUUUAUACCAAACCCUCUAAGAAAAGAGGUAAAGAGGGAAAUAACAAAGGAAGUUCUCACAAAAUUGUUAUACCCUCCCUACCGAAACAGUAUAGAUAGAUCGCUUGAAAUAGAAGAUUUAGACAUAUAUGGGGCAUACUUACAGAACAAAGAAAUAUCAGUUAAAAUGUAUGAUAGUCCUGUGGCUAAAAUUAAAAUAAAGCAGAACCCGUAUGCACCACCAGAAGAAAAAGAAAGCUUUUUAAAUACAGGAAUAGUAAAAAUAAGCCCAAUAGAACUAAUUAAAAAAAUAAGGUGGAGCAGUAUAGGAAUAUAUUAUGACUGGGAAAUAAAAGCAUAUAAUAAAGAAAUAACAAGUAAAAUACCAGAUGUGAUAGACCAAGUGUGUAUGGACAUAUCACAGGAGAUUUGCAAAGUAAGCUUUAUACCUGAAACAGCAGUUAUAAACUAUUAUCAGAAAAAAGAUAGAAUCAUGAGCCACAUUGAUAGGUAUGAGGAAGACAUGAGCAAACCGCUGAUAUCUUUUAGUUUUGGGGCAUCGUGCGUCUUUGUAUUGGGAACAAAAGAGAGAGAAGACCCGUCUGUGGACACUUUUCUUUUAGAGGACGGAGACAUUGCAAUUUUAAUAGGAGACUCAAGAGAGUAUUUUCAUGGUGUGCCAAAAAUACUCAGCUUGAACAAAGGGCUGGAGGACUAUAAGAACGAAGAAUUUUUCAGUCUUAUUUCAGACUCGCGGAUCAAUAUAAGUGUGCGACAAGCAUAUAAAUACGAUUAAAACU